AUGGCACCUUCGGCGGCAUCAGUCCAGUCGCUCCCAACCAAAGUGAAGCGUCCCAUUCCGCCUGGAAUACAGACAAAUGGCAUACAUUCAUCGACAUCCUCUCCAUCGCCUUCUAUUUCAACCGGUAGGCUUCCCCAUAGCGGCAAGCCACCAAACUCUGCGACAAGCAAUGGCGCGGGGAAUACCAGCGCAGGUGUACGAUCAGCAAGUAGAGCAAGGAGGGAGACCCCGGGACAAAUGUUGGGCAGAGGACAGAGGAACAGCAGCGUUGGGCUACGUUCUGCCAGUAUCGUAGGCGAAUCUGUGAUUCCUCAAGCUGCUGAACCUAUACCUUAUGUGAAAACGGACGAGUAUAUCCUUAAGCGCCACCGGAACAGCAAACCCUCGUUAAUCGUCCAUCUAUACUCCACACACUUCCGGUUCGAUCAGCAGGAGGGCAGUUUCUCAUACAAAUCACCCAUGAAAAUCUUGAUCGAGCAUCUCAAGCAACGUACGAUCCCCCAUGAUCUAGUCGAAUUCUUUACAGAAGUACCGUUCUAUGAGGGUUGCAUGAUUGUUCAAGUUCAUGAUCAUAAAUCUACUGCUCAGUCUCAGACUCCAAGUCGGGCAGACUCCACAAUCGGCAAGCCGGUUCCAUUCUCUGUCCACAAUUACAAUGCCUAUCUCACUCCAUCGCCCUACGUGCCAUUCCCAACGCGAAGCAAUAGCCCAGGAAAAGGAAAAGGUUCCUCGGAUGCGAACCUAGGCGACCUAGAUAAAGUAAAGACCUCAGAACAGAAGGACAAAGAGAACAUGCCCGCUCCGGCGGCCCCUGGUGAUGGUCAGCGAGGGAAGUCAGCAGUUGAACCAAAGAACCCCAAGGUGUUUACCAUAGUUCUACGCCCAACACCUCUGAGUGACCACAUCGACCUUGCAGUCAAAGUGGCUGAGGCUUUAUCCAGCACCGAUGGCAGAAAAGACUCACGUCAGGAUGGGCCCUUGUCGGCCACUGUCCCUCCAACGCCGACUACUGGUAUUCCUUCCACUCCGCAAGCAAGUAUGGCGCCGCCUGCGAAACGACAUAAGAAGAACAAGGUAGACCUAGAUAGCAACAGUAUUUAUGCCGCAGAAUCCCAGAUUGCGCUGGCUACUACUGCUCCGCUUGUUCUCGAACCGGUUAGCAGUGCGGCUGAAUCUGCUGCCCUCCUGAACUCGCUAUCUCACCCGAUGCAUUCCGAAAAGCCACCAUCUCCCAAAAUUAGAAAGCGGACUGUUGCAGAAAUGGCUGCCGACGAGGCGCUCGCUGCCGACCAGGAACGUUACAUGCUUAUUUUGGACGAGCGACUCGCUUCAAAUGCAGUUGGUGCUCAAGGAGCCGGCAAUCCAGCUGAUGGCGAUGGCCAGGCUGGCGGUGCAUCAUUUGAACCUCGUUUUGAGAGAUUCAAGGCUCUUGAGAAUAUCAAGGCUCAACAUGAAGAGAAUAAGAAAAUUGAAAAGCUUAGGCAACAGGAGGCUGAGAGAAAGCAAGCCCAGGACCGCGAGCGGGAGCGGCUUAGGCAGGAAUCCGAGAGAAAAGAGCAACAGCAGGAGAAUAAGUUGCGUGCUGCUCUGGCUGCUCAGCAACACCAGCAACAAGCCGUCGCCCGACAGCAGCAGCAAGAAGCUCAUAGACGACAACUUGCAGCGCAGGCACAAACCCAACAGUCACAGCAAGGCAUUCAAGGCCUGCCUGGCCAGCACCAAGGCCAACAUGGACAUCCUCAGCCAAAUAAUAUCAUUGCGAAUGGAAUCCAAGGGCAGCCGCAACGUUUCCACCAGCAGCAGGCCAGCCAAGCACAAAUAUCGUCCCCAAUUAUUCGAAACGGCACACCACAAAGCCAUUCAUCCCCUCCUAUGAAUGGCAUGGGAAAUUCAAUGCAACAUUCUACAUCCAGUAUGGGCGGAAGUCCUGCUCGCCCAGGAUCUGUUGUUCAUCAGAACCACCCUCAGAUGGGUGCCCCAGUAUCUCAUGGUAUGACAGCACAAAGAAGUCAGCAGAGCCAUGCUGGCACUCCGAGAAUGCCAAAUGUUACUCCAAACAUGCAGUCUGCUACUCCUUUGAAUCGGCAAAUGAGCCAGACUCCAAGAAUGAGUCAAGGUAGUCCAACCCAAGGUUCGAUAGCACACGCACAACAUAUGCCAAUUAUGGGCAACGGCCAGAUGCAGAUGAAUGCUGCACAACAACAUCAAUUGCAGCAACAGCGAGUUCAGGCACUGAUGCGAAAUCCGCAAAAUGCUGCGGCCCAAGGCAUGGCAGGAAUGGCAAAUGGCCAGCAGCUAAGUCCGCAGCAGUUGAUGAUCCUCCGUCAACAGCAACAAGGAAUGAAUAAUGCUCAGCUCACUCAAAAUUAUGCCAAUCAUAUGGCCGCAAUUGCUGCCCGCUCAGGUUUACCGCAAAAUAUGAAUCAAAACUUCAUGAGUAAUAGUCCUGGCAUGCCAAGCAUGCAACAAGUUCAAAUAGCACAGAUGCAACAAAUGCAAAUGCGACAAGCUCAGGCCCAAGCUCAGGCCCAAGCCCAGGCCCAGGCUCAAGCCCGGCAACACCAAGCGCAGGCAGGUGUUCAGAACUCGGUAGUACAACAGCAAGUCCGACAGCAGUCACAAAAGUUAUACCAGGAAAGAUUCCCUGGGCUCCAAAACCAACAUCCUGGUGGCAUACCGCCAGAGGUCGAACAAGCAUUCAGAAUUUCUUGCCAGAACGAGGCAGGCCAGCAAGUUACGAGCCGUAUUAGGGCAAUGAGACAACAUCAGAUCGCUACUCAGCAGAUGAUGGCUGCCCAAGCGGGCAUGCAGCAAAACAUGAACGGGAUGCAGAACGGUAUGGGAAUGUAG